AUGGCGGACGUUGAAGAGCAAGUUGUCGAGGAGAUUGUCGAGGAUGAAGUUCCAGAGCCAACCCCAGUGCCAUUUCAAUCCCUUAUGAUCGCUUAUGCUGCUCUUUCUGUUAUGGCGCUGAUCCCAAUCUGGUUUGGAUCGAUCAGAGCUCUUGAAGCUAGAAAGAAGCGUAUCAAAGAUAAGGAAGAAGGAAAAGAUCUUGACGAAAUCGAAGUCAUAUCUUCAAAAGAUGCUGCCAAGUUCCCGAUCAUGGCUUCAAUCACCCUUUUCUCAAUUUAUGUCUGUUACAAAUACUUUGCCGAUAAGAUGUACUACGUUGUUACUGGCUACUUUUUCCUCCUCGGAAUCGCCGCUGUCACUACCAUUCUUGAGCCAAUGAUUGCUCCCAAAUUAAAAUUCCUCUUCCCUGGACUCUGCGAAGAUGCCGAGUACAAAAUCGUGUUUACUGAGAACAAGAAGUCUCAGCUCGACCUUGACUUCAAUCGACGAAGUCUCGUUGUUCUCGCUUUUGCAGCCGCUGUUGCGUCGUGCUACCUUUUCAAUAAGCACUGGCUGGCAAAUAACAUCAUUGGUCUCUGUUUCGCAAUCCAGGGUGUCCAGCUUCUCUCACUGCCCAACUACAAGACUGGCUGCAUGCUUCUCGGCGGUCUCUUCUUCUACGACGUCUUCUGGGUCUUCGGUACUGACGUAAUGGUCACUGUCGCAAAGAAAUUCGAUGCCCCCAUCAAACUUGUCUUCCCUCAAGACGUUUUCGACAGCUCCUCUCGUUUGUCUAUGCUUGGUCUUGGUGACAUCGUCAUUCCCGGUAUUCUGAUCGCUCUUAUGCUCCGACUUGAUGAUAACAUCAAAGCCGGCAGCAGAAAAUACUUCCUGACUACUUUUAUCGCCUACAUUAUUGGCUUGGUCGCAACUAUCUACGUUAUGCAUGUGUGGAAACACGCACAGCCUGCCCUGCUCUAUCUAGUUCCAGCCUGUCUUGGCGCCCCCUUUGUAGUUGCCCUUGUCUCUGGCGAGCUGAGUGCCCUGUUCGCAUAUGACGAAGAAGAGGAGGAAGAAGAAGACGACGAUGAAGAUGAUGAUGGUGACAAAAAGAAGGACAAGUAA